AUGGCAGCUGCUCCCGCUGCAGCGACUGCGCAAUGGACUAAAGACAACAUUUACAAUGCACUCAAAUCACACAAUACCCUAGCCAAAUGGGACGUGAUGGUAGCAUUUGAUCUAGAAUUUGUCAACGCCGAACUACAGACCAGCGCAGCGAGCAAGGAGAAUGAGAAGGUUAUCAGCCAGGAAGACAGCAUAGCGUGGCCUCAGCCUGGAGAUAGCUACACCCAUGCACCAGCGGAGAAAAGAACGAUCUCAUGGAAGUUCGGCAUGCCAACAAUGCAGUUUUAUGAGGGCAAGGGUGACCCUCAAGCUACUCUGACAAUGUCAAUGACUGGCACAUACACAAGAGCAGCCGUAGGUCUCUCAGAGAUAUCACACCCAUUGCCCGCCGGAAUCCUGUUGACAUUGACUGCACCGCUUGUUCAUGUUGGCAGUGCAAACGUCAACGCGGGACACGGUCUUCCAGCUAACACGCCCAUCGCGCUGGAUCCUAAGAAAGAUGCUUCAGUGCACGUCGCACUAGACUUUGCAUCCGUAGAGCCAAAAUUCAACACGAUUUCCUCUCCUGAUUUCGACACUGCUGAAAUCUUACCGAAAGCGCUUGGUAAGAUUCAAGAUCAUUUUCGUAGCUGUGGUGUGGUCUAUAAAAUGCUAGGCACGACGACCACACAAACUACAAAGACAAUUCUGAAUCCCACGGCCGUAUGCUUCACCCUGUACCAGCCAUCUUCCGAUGCUACGACGGCCGGGAAGAGACCUUGCCUACUUAUGUGGAUGGCCGUCAAUGAUAACGAACUUGGUUAUCUUGACAGGUCAGAUGCGCCGCUACGCUUCAAAGGGGAUCCGAGGGAGGAAGUUUGCCCUGUGCCAUCAAGUCAUCAAGCGGUUGCAUACUUCUCGCAAAAUCUCAUUUGGAGAACCAUGAUACAGCCUGCACUAGAGAAAGAAAAGUUUCUUGAGAUAAAACGAGACACUGGAGACAAUGAGGGCAUUAAAUUCACGGCCAAACUGCCAGACAGAGAGAUUCAAGUGGCUGGUAUCUCCGUGACCCUGGAAAGAGGAGCCAAUGGUGAUAGUGGACAAUACAAGAUCGUUGAGUCAGAUAAGACAAGUUUCAACGUCUCUCCAAAGGGCGACGGCUCAUACAAAGAUGCACCACUGGCGACCUUCAAUUUACGCGACUCAUCCAGUAGUAUGUCAUGGCAGGGAGAACUUAAGAACAUACAUUUCACGUAUCGAUACAACGACCAAUACCGCCAAAGAGAGGGCAAGAAGCAGGGUUAUGCCACACUGACCUUAUACAUGGACCAACUCAAUGUAUCGUGGGAAAACGGAGCCGACGAUGAGAUCACGUUGAAAUUCUCCAUGCAAGAUAGUUUCAAGACGAAAGAUCUGAAGAAGGGCGAUGAAGGGGAUUUUUGGAGUGCCAUGUCAGGAUUUUCUGACGAUACCAUUCCUCGUGCGCUUCUUGGCAUAUCGGCAAAUUUUGGCACGUUCAAGUUUACUGCUGGUAUCAACUAUUUCUUGGCUAGCAAUUUGCUAUUUGGUGGUCGAACGGUAUUCAGGCCAGACACAGCUGGAGGAAAUGGAGUCUCACUGCCCGCGGAUAUGUUCGUUCUGGGACCUAAGAAGCCAGCGACUGCUACGGCGCUUGCUAUGUUCGCGCCUCUAUCUGGAGGGAAUACAACGCGCUCUCCGCGAGUGCAAAAGUUGCAAGCCGCUCUUCUUGAAAAGGACGGCAAAUUCGCCCAGAAGCUUAUAGCAGCCCUAUCCAAUAAUGAUCCUGCUGGAGAUGGUGGCGCCGUGCACACUGUCCUAGCGAGCCAGGGCCUCGAAGAUAUCACGGCCGAAGAGCUGACACAUGUUACGCGCAUCUCAGAUGGCUCAGCAGUUGUAGCCGCUUCGAUGGAAAGUAUUCCAUCUAAUGGUAUUUAUGCCAUGUUCGUAGAAACACCUGACCUCAAGGAAUUUGCUGCGGUAUAUACGAUUUCUUCACCAUCAUCCUUGAAAGGCAAGUUCCUGACAGUUAAUCCACAUACUGGAAAGAUAGCCAUUCAAGGCGACGAUAAGGCAAUGAAAGAAGUCAGCAAUCUAGCUGUCACGAACUCGGGCGAAUGGCCCGAAGCAAGCUUCAAUUGCUUUUUUGAUGGCAAGAAUUACGCCUUCAGCGGUGUAAAGUUUACCACUGAUCUCAAUCCUUCGACGAGCGACUUCACCGUCGACUUCUCAGGUGCAGUCGCCCCUGAUGGCGACGAAGGUUUCAAAGGCAGCAAAGCUGUACAUCAAGAGGGCAAAUCGUCUUUCGAAGGCUUUACCGACUUCAACGUCGUCUACGGCUUCAUCUUCACCACCAUCGUGAGUAUCAUCUCAAUCGGAUUCGGAAUUCAAGCAUGGUACUGGCAUGCCAAAGACAAGAAAGCAGGUAAGGACGCAGCAGCGGACCCCGCGAAUGCAACGGCGCUUGAGAUGAAGCAUUAUGAUAUCCUCAAAGUAAAUGUGGCAGACUUGAAGAAGGAUAUUCAAUCCGUGAAAGAUGGAAUCCAAGUAGCGGCGGAGCUACAAUCAGGAAAAGCGACAGACGCAGCACGCAUGUCGCAUAUCCGAACGCAGCUCGAGAACGACCUGAAAACAGAAUUCACCCACCACACAAACGCCAUGGAUCUCUCUCCCCUCGACCCAGCCGACCCCCAAGACCCAAGCAACACCUACGAUCUCGUUGGUCUCCAUAGCAAGCUCGAGGCCAAAGCCAGAACGACCUUGGAAACAGCCCUAUCAUCCGAUCGUACAGUGCUAAUCAACAAAAUCCUGCAACCGUACGAGGAUAGCGCCAUCAUCACGCAAACCGAGAAAGUGACUAUCAGAGACGCCGUUGUAAAGACCAUCGCAGAAAGUAUGCUCACUGCUCUAAAAAGCGACACCUCAGCCGGAGGACCAUCAUACAUGACUUCACACACGCGCGGCCUGCUAGCAACCAAGAUAAAAACCGACGCAAACGCCAAUUCUGCCGCGGCAGCUCGUAAUGUAGUGACGCAGAAUGCGGCGAAAGUAGCUGCGCAGACGAAACUCAACACUGACCAAGCACUCCUACAGAGCAAGAACGCGCAAUUACAAGGUGAACAGGACGCUCCGAAGAUAGCUCAAUUGAACAAUGAUAUUGCGAAUCUGAAUCAUGAUAUUACGACCGAAUCUGCGAAAGAGAUAGCGGCGUCUGCGAAGGAGGGACAAGAGACUGUGCGGGAGACGACUGAGAGAGCCAAAGAACACGAGGCGGGGAAAGAGGAAGGGACGGCGAAAAGUGAGGCGGAUGUUGCUUUUAAGGAGGUGUAG